UUGGGGAAAGACCUUCAUAAAUAAACAUAUUUGAUCACAAUGCCACUGGUAUAUCCAGCAUGACUUCAAUCACAAUCCAACAACAAAAUCUCCCUCCCGCUACCCCGCGCUACAUCCUUCGCGGGCAUGUUUCUGCAAUCCAAGCACUCGAUUUCUUUGCCAGCAAUACGCGCUUGAUUUCAGCUGAUGCAGAUGGGUGGGUUAUAAUAUGGGAUGUAGUCACGAAGCGUGCUCGAGCAGUAUGGAAGGCUCAUGAAGGUGCUGUUCUGGAAGUGAAGGGCUACGAAACAGCAGGGCAGGGUAUGAGGAUUUAUACACACAGUCGAGAUCAUAAACUAAGAGUGUGGAAAAUCCAAUUUGCAGGCGAAGAAGAGCAGUUGAGCCGUGUUUUACCUGUUGAAAAGAGCAGCAAAGACGGAGAGCAAGCUCCAGCUCCAGAGCCAUGGUUGUUGCAUUCAUUGCCUGUGAAUGCGCUUAAUUUCUGCGCUUUUACGCUCUGCUUUAUACCAUACUCAAACAAUGAGAAGCUCGAUGGUGGGAAUGAUGACGAUCCUUGGAGAAAUGCCACGGAAUCAUUGGAUAUUGCAGAGGAUGAGGGAUAUUUUGCAGUUCCCAAUGCAUUAAACUCCGGCGCCAUCGACAUCUUCCAUCUACCGUCUGAACGACGUGUGUCGACUAUUCCUGCAGAUACUUCGGUUCAGACAGGUAUGGUCAUGGCCGUCAAGAUACUCAUAGAUAACAGCAACACUCAAAACGCUCUCGUAUACAUGCUAUCAGGCUAUGAAGACGGUCAUGUCAUGGUUCAUAUCUCAUAUCCCCCUUCAGGGUCAUCCACAGCAUGGAAAUGGGACAAGAUAUACGCUUCACAACCUCAUAGUCAGCCAAUAUUAUCACUUGACAGUGUGCAGGCGGAAACAGAACAUAUUCCCAGCUUUUUCUACACUUCAUCUGCCGACGCACUCAUUGUGAAACAUCCAAUCCCAUCGAUGUCUUCACCACCUAUAUCAUCAGCAAAUACAAGUGUCAAAAAUACUCCCCUGAAAGUACUCAAUACGAAACAUUCGGGGCAACAGGGGCUCCACGUACGAGGAGACCAGAAACUAUUUGCGACAGCUGGUUGGGAUGCACGGAUACGGGUCUAUUCUUGCAAGACGAUGAAGGAACUUGCUGUUCUCAAGUGGCAUAGCGAAGGGUGUUAUGCCGUCGCAUUCGCUGACAUUCUUCCGUCUACAUCUGCAGAUAGCCCAUCUACACAUAAAGAUGACGAUAGCUCUAUUGUCCGGAGUCAAACCUCACCUCUCGAAAUAGUACGGCAACAAAGGAACGAAAAAGCGCAGCAAACGCAUUGGCUGGCAGCGGGAUCCAAAGAUGGUAAAAUAUCAUUAUGGGAUAUCUAUUGA